CUGAGGACCAGACAGGGGAGGAGUUGUUUGCUGCGGGUUUGGAGGGUGGGCCCGGCCCUCAGGCUUUGCCAAAAGCCUGUGGGUGGGCAGACACCGCCUCCCCUGGCGUGCUCUCUCUGCUCUCUUGGUCUGCAGGCUAGAGGCUGGCUCUUUCCAGAGCCCCAAACUCUGUCCCCAGGGAGCCAUGGCAACAUCCCGGGGCCGUCUCUACCUUUGGAUGUACUUGGCUGCAGCACUGGCAUCUUUCCUGGUGGGAUUUAUGGUGGGCUGGUUUACUAAACCUUUGAAAGAAACGACCACUUCACUGCCCUAUCAUCAAAAUAAAAGGUGGAAACUCAUAUCUGAGAUGAAAGCUGAAAAUAUUAAAUCAUUCCUUCGCUCUUUUACAAAGCUCCCUCAUCUGGCAGGAACAGAACAAAAUUUACUUCUUGCCAAAAAAAUCCAAAGCCAGUGGAAGAAAUUUGGACUGGAUUCAGCCAAGUUGGUUCAUUAUGAUGUUCUUCUAUCCUACCCUAAUGAGACAAAUGCCAGCUAUAUAUCAAUCAUGGAUGAACAUGGAAUUGAGGUGAUGUGGAAUUGUUGGUACUUUUUGUAUCUUUUAACCCCGGUUGUUUAUGUGAAUUGGGAUGUAGGUUCAAGUAAAAAUGGAAAUUGGUUAACAGUGCAGUGGGACUCAUUAUUUUUUAGAAAAGUUGAUAAGUUAGAAACUAAUUAUUUCAGUGUCUACUGUGUUAGGCACAGUGCCAAGUCUUAAAGCCAGAAUGAAGCCUAGGAACAGGAUUCUUUUUGCUUUAAAUAAGGCAAGGCAGAUGUUGGAACAUGUCAUUUUAAAUCAAUAUGGUGAGUGUUAUGAAGACUGUGUUUUGGGUUCUUUACACAGAAGAGGUUCACUUAGCCCAGCCUGGGACUUAGAGAAGGUUUCCUGAAAGAAAACCUUUCUGAUAUGUGAGUCAUGAAAGUUCCUAAGGAGUUAAGUACAUGAAAAAGCAAAGUAAAAGAAUCCAGGCAGAAGAGAAAAUACUGGCAAAGGUUUGGAGAUCCAGAACUAGCUUAGUAUUAUUGGGGAGCUUAAAAUUUUCCUGUAUUUCAAAAAUGUACAAAGGGGACCACAGUAAGAGAUAAACCAGUAUAUAUGUUUUGGGGACAGGUCAUAAAACAGCUUAUACAUUGUCCUAAGGGACUUAGAAUUCAACUUCAGUCAAUGGAAACCAUUGACAAGUCCUGAGCAAUGGAAGGAUGUGGCUAGAGAGGCAUUUUUUAGAUAGUUAGGGCCAUCUGCAGGUUAAACCUUAACUAGGCAAGGAAUUCAAGUUGGAGUCUUAUGAGAAUAGUCCAGGUGAAAGAUGAUGAAGCAAGCCCUGAAUCAGGAUGGUAGUAGGAAUGAGGAAGAGGGAUGAUCUAAGAAGUAGUUAGGAAGCAAUAUUAGUGGGAAUUGAUUAGUGAUUGACUGGAGUAAGGAGGUGAAAUAGGGUUCAGGAUGACUCCUAGGUGUCUGGUAUGGGUGGCUGGCUAGUGAUGCUGCUAGUAAUAGAAAGGAAUGAUGAACAAAAAGCAGGGCUGGGGUGAGGGACGAGAAAUGCAAAGUUGGACAAGUUGAGUUUGGACAUCCAAGCUGAAAUAACCACCACACCAUUAAAUAUACACAUCUGGAAAGGUGGUCCUUAUAAGCAUAUGGGCCUUGGAUAAAAUUUUGGGAGUCCAUGAAAUCUAACAGGAAGGAAGUAUAAAAUGAGGCAGAUAGUAGACUGGGGAUAA